AGCCGGCCCGGUGCGAGCCAUGUGCUCAGCGUGCGGCGAUGGAGGAGAAGGCUGAGAAGGUUUGGACCUGCCGACGCGUGCUGCAGACCAGCAAGCGCGAGAAGGAGAGCAAGCAUGGGCCAUUGAUCAGGGCGGUGACCGAGCAGAUUGUUGACAUUUACAGCAACUGCUCCGGCGAGUACUCCUACUCCACCAAGCUGAACCCGAAGCGGACAUUGACCUGGCCCUGCCAGGGAGUCCACAAUGGGGGCCUUGACAAUGCGGACCACAACUUCAUCUGUCACGUGGGCGAGAAGAUCACGAACUCGGAAAACAACUGCGUUUACGAGCUCAUCGAGAACCUAGGCCAGGGCAGCUUCGGGCAAGUGCUGAAGUGCUCCACCGAGGGCAGCCCGAACGUAGCGAUGAAGAUCGCCAAGAACAAGCCGGCGUACUUCACGCAGGGCUGCAUCGAAGCCAAGCACUUGAAGUGGCUGAAUACCGCCUACGACCCGGAAGCGCACCACAUCGUCAAGAUGUUGGACUGCUUUGUUUUCAAGAAGCACCUCUGCAUCGUCUUUGAGCUGCUCAGCAUGAACCUCUUUGAGUUCCUGAAGUGGAACAACUACAAAGGGGCGACCAUGGCCAUCAUCCAGAUCGUCACCCGCCAGCUGCUCAAGGCGCUGCAUUGCAUGCGAGCGGCGUGUCUGAUCCACUGUGACCUCAAGCCCGAGAACGUGAUGGUCGUCUCCCUGGAGCCCAUGAGGGUGAAGCUCAUUGACUUCGGCUCCGCCUGCUCGGACGACAUGAAGGCGCACAGCUACAUCCAAUCUCGCUUCUACAGGAGUCCAGAGAUCUUGCUUGGCGUUCCGUACAGCAGCGCCAUCGAUCUCUGGAGCCUGGGAUGCAUCUGCGCAGAGCUGCACUUGGGUCUUCCCGUUUGGCCAGGGCAGUGUGAGUAUGACCAGCUCCGGCUGAUCACCAAACUGCUGGGCCUGCCGCCCACAGAGAUGCUGGCCAUGGGCAACAAGAGCAAGAGGUACUUCAAGCGGGAGGCCACCCAGAGCUGCGAUGCUUUGGAGGCCGUGGCCGCGCAGUCGAAGCAGCUCCAGGAGCUCACGAGCGCGGUGCAGGUGGAUACGAUCAGCACCCAAGCGAGCACCGUAGCGAGUCAACCUGAGGACUCCGGAGGGGAAGCAGAGACGGGCAAGGCGACCCCUUCGCUAAGCUGGAGGCUGAAGACCUGCGAGGAAUACGAGCAGGAGGCCAACAAGAAGUUGACCAUGUCCAAGCGGAGCUGGAAGUUCACGUGCCUUGAGGAACUGGUGAAGGACGUUCCCGAGGAGAUGCGGAGCUGCUUCUUGGAGUUCGUCUCCGGGCUCUUUCAGAUGGACCCCAAGAAGCGCUGGAGCGCCAAACAGGCGCUGCUGCAUCCUUUCGUCAAGGACGAUGUCCCCCUGGAGGAUCCUGUUGCUUGCACGUCGGGCAUGUGUCAGCCCAUCGAUGCGAACGCGCCUUCCAGCACCACAGGCACUCCAGCCUCCUCGCCCCAUGGGUCUGCCUGCUCAACGGCCUUCUCACAGGCCCGGCAACAGGCGAUGUUGAGGAGCCCCUGGCACCUGAACUCCCCGGGCAGCGGCUCCGAAUGCUUCGCCUCCCAAGCCUCCGGCGACGAGUGGCGCACCCGGAGCCUCAGCGAAGGCUCCAGACGCGGCUCAGCGCGGUCCGACUCCGACGCCAACAGUGGGGCGGAUGAGAAGGCGCUGCGGAGUCGAGAGCCCACCUUGUGGAAGAUGACCCGUGGCGUGGGCAGCGCAACAAGCCAGUCCUCCACGUUCCGCGAGGCCUUGGGCCUCCGGGAGUCAGGGCCGGUGGUUGCAUCAGGCACGCAGGAGAUCUUGGGUAUGGCCGGGUCCUUCCACGGCGGCUACCCGAGGCGUCCGCGCCGGCAUCGCCACUAAGGCCGACAGGAAGGUUCGGACAGAGCCAGUGCAAUCGCUUGAAUGCUGGGCAUGCGGUGAGCAUUUGGGCGAACAAUUCGAAUGCUGCGGUUUGCGGUUGGGCCGCCUGCGUAAAAACACGUGCCCCACGUGUCUUACCAGUUGAGUUGCCAAACUUGAUACAAGUUGGGCGCGGACCCCCCACA